AUGUGUUCAAAUAUACCCCGGCAAUGGCAUGCUGCAUCGAGGUCAUUGAGUGGCAAAUAUCUGCAUCGCCAAUCGAAUGGACUCUCGCAUCUCCCGAAGAGAUUGAGUAGCUCAAAUCACCCGCCAGCCCAGGAACCUAUCAUAUUUUCUGGGAUUCAGCCUACGGGUGUUCCACACCUAGGGAAUUACCUCGGGGCUCUCCUUCCCUGGGUCAAACUGCAACAGGAGGCUCAAGACGGCACGAAACUCUUUUUCUCCGUCGUGGAUCUCCAUGCCUUGACGAUACCUCAGGAGGCUGCUCAAUUGAGAAAAUGGAGAAGAGAAGCACUUGCAACGUUGCUUGCCGUUGGCUUGGACCCUAAGCGCUCUACCAUCUUCUAUCAAUCCUCCGUGCCGGCACAUACCGAGUUGAUGUGGAUUCUCAGCACUGUGGCUUCCAUGGGAUAUCUCUCACGCAUGACUCAGUGGAAGAGCAAACUCCAGCUUCCAGACGAUGCCACGCUAGAUGACUCGACUGCACGAGCCCAGUUGCGUCUUGGCCUGUUUUCCUAUCCAGUGCUCCAAGCCGCCGAUAUUCUGAUCCACCGAGCCACGCAUGUACCCGUGGGGGAGGACCAGAGGCAACAUCUGGAGUUCUCUCGAUAUACCGCGAACAGCUUCAACCAUCUCUAUGGACCCAUCUUCCCAACCCCUGAGGCAUUAAUAUCUCCGGCCAAACGGGUGAUGUCUCUUAAAGAGCCGACCUCCAAGAUGUCGAAAUCACAUGCGGACGAGAAAUCUCGCAUUAUCCUCACCGACUCUCCGGCUGAAAUUCGCAAGAAGGUCAAGGUGGCACUCACCGAUUCCGAAGCGGGAGUCACCUACGACCCUGUUCGUCGCCCCGGGGUCUCUAAUCUGAUUGAAAUUCUCAGCCAUUUGAAUGGGGCCUCUCGCGAAGAGAUUGUGCGCGAAUACCACGGCGCAAGUCUCCGGGCACUCAAGGAGCGAGUGGCCGAGCAUAUUAUCUCGCAUCUGCAAGAGAUCCGAGAUCGAUAUCUGAGUCUCAUGAGAGAUUCGACGGGCUACCUGGAGAGUGUGGCUGAGGAGGGGGCGGAGGCAGCGCGAGCCAACAGUCGGGUGACCAUGCAGCACGUCCGGGAGGCGAUGGGUUUGUAA